AUGUCUCAGCGCAAGGCUACCCCCGAGUUGCUACGCAAGCUCAACGACUUGGCGGCGGCAAGCAGGGUGCUUUUACGCACUCUGGAAGAGAGCGAAGACAUCUACGUUCUUGAGCUAGCGCUGAACGGCGAUCCGCUUCCCGAUGCGAUGCUGCAGCUGACCCAGCAGUGGGACGCGUUGGUCGGCGACAUAGAUCUGUCUAUGUUCACGCGCUGCCGGCUGCAUGUCGACUUGCGCGCAGCAGGCUGCUCACACAACGAUCAUUGCCUUGUUGACGUGAUGGCGCAGCUUUUCCUUCAUCACAACAGGCCGUUAGAGUUGCCUGUCUUAGAUGCGUCUUCGUGGAGAGGUGGCGAGGUGUACCUUGACUACGGCCACCCGCUGGCGUGCUUCGCCGCCGAAGCCGACGUUCUUGUAAGCAGAGAUCCUGUGCGGUCUACGUUCACACGCCGGUUCGACGAUGCCAGCCGUGAUUGGUCGGGCGUAGACUACGUGCUUGUUGUCUGCAGCUCGCUCGCGUCCGAGAGUGUAUUCCACGAGAGCAACUGUGUCUCCGUCAUAUGGUGGAACAUCUUGGAUACAGACUCGCCACACUGCUCUAACGAGCAUGGGGGCAUGUAUGCAGAGGGCACGCACGACACUGUAAUGGCGGCGGUGCUCGAUGCUAUGUACAAUCGUGGCGUGCCCCCCAGCGCCUGA